CGCACCUGUCGAAAUACCCAGCGUCCAUCGAACAUCUUCUCUAGGGCUCACUAACGACACCAGCAAUUCGAAAUGGCGGACACCAAACCCACGACCCAGAAGUUCUCCAAGGGCGAGAGGUCGAUACCGCACCACUCGCAGAAGGCCAGCAAGUACUACCCUGCUGAGGACGUCGCCGCCCCCAAGAAGGCCCGUAAGACUGCUCGUCCUGCUAAGCCUCGUGCUUCCCUUCAGCCCGGUACCGUCGUCAUCCUCCUUGCUGGUCGCUUCCGUGGCAAGCGUGUCAUUGUCCUCAAGCACCUUCCCCAGGGUGUCCUCCUCGUUACCGGUCCCUUCAAGGUUAACGGCGUUCCUCUGCGACGAGUCAACGCCCGCUAUGUCAUUGCUACCUCCACCACCGUCGACAUCAAGGGUAUCGACGAGGGUGUCCUGAACAAGGCCUCCGAGGAGGGUUACUUCACUAAGGACAAGGCCGCACACAAGCCUGGAGAGGAUGCUUUCUUCAAGCAGGGCGAGAAGCCCGAGAAGAAGGAGACUUCCAAGGAUCGCGUUGAGGACCAGAAGGCCGUUGACAAGGCCCUUCUGGCUAACCUCAAGAAGGAGGCUCAUCUCAUCGACUACCUCGCUUCGAGCUUCAGCCUUCGCACCUCCGACAGGCCACACCAGAUGCAGUUCUAAGCGUUGGGUCAAGACGGGAUUUGGCGUUCAGUGCAUGGGAUGAAAGACGACCUCGGGUGCUGCAGCCGUGACAGCAGGAACUAAUCCCGCGGCGGUACUGCGACCACUUCUUUUCACGAAGUCCACGUUCGUAAUUCAUUGAAGCCUUGAUAAAAGCGACGAAUGCAAACGGUUCGAAAGUGAUAAGAUGGUUCUGGCAACCGUGAUGUCAUCAUCCCUUUGGCGUUACAUGGAGCAAGCGAUGGGCGGGUACUCGAUACUGAUGGCGAAAUAGAAUCUCACAUUGCAUUGCACGAUUGCGACCGACCGCUGUACCUAUAUGCGCCAGAUGACCUCCAGACAUCGACUUCACGCGUGCAACUAGAAUUUGAAAGGGUAUCACUGAGUAUCAAGAUAGCAAGCGAAGUUCAAGGCCCACUUCCC